AUGGGCGACGACGAUCUCGCGCGCGGCGACGCGCUCUGCGCCGCGGCGGCCAAGAAACUCAGGAGCGUUGGAUUCUUCAGCGCGAUCACGGGCGCGAACAGGCACGAGGAGGCGGCGGAGCUGUACGAGCGCGCGGCGACGUCGUUUAAGCUGGCGAAGAGCUGGCGAAGAGCGGCGGACGCGUACGAGGCGCUGGCGACGUGCAGAGCGACGACGAAGGAGACGCACGACGCGGCGUCGGCGCACGUGGACUGCGCGCAGAUGCUGAAGAAGUGCGGGGCGAACGAGGAGGCGAUCGGACACUACAGGGAAGCGUCGAACGCGUACGCGCGAUUGGGACGACUGGCGCAGGCGGCGAAACAUUUGAAGGAGAUCGGCGAGACGUACGAGAGCCUGGGGACGGCGGAGGGGGAUGAACGCGCGGUGGAGGCGUUCUCGAGCGCGGCGGAUCUGUACGACGGCGAGGGCGACUCGGGACGGACGACGGGGAAUAAUUGUAAACUGAAGGCGGCGACGCUGCUGGCGAGCAAGCUCGAUCGAUUCGAAGAGGCGACGGAGAUUUUUGAGGACGUCGGACGCGCGUCGUUGAAUAACAAUUUACUGCGGUUCUCGGUGAAGGGGUACUUUUUACAGGCGGGGAUCUGUCGAUUGUGCUGGAACGACGCCGUCGGGGUGCUGAACGCGUGCGAGCGAUACGAGGAGAGCGACCCGGCGUUCGCGUCGUCGCGCGAGCGCGAUUUGUUGGUGAAUUGCGCCAAGGCGUUCGAGGCGGGCGAUCAAGACGCGUUUUCGAGCGCGGUGGCGGAAUUCGACUCCAUGUCCAGGCUCGACGGUUGGAAGACGACGAUGCUAUUAAAGGCUAAGAAGCGCAUCGUCGCCGCCGUGGAAGCCGAGGAGGACGAUCUCACGUGA